AUGGCAGCCCCCCGCCCAGCUCUUGGCCACCGGCACCUGAGGAGGCUGCUGGGCGCCGGCUUCCCGAGCCGGGAGAAGCGCCGGGAGCCCAUCCGUGUCGAAGCCUCGUCCCAGGCCUUUCGGAUUCUCUGGACGCACCGAGUCGGGCUCCGGAGGCACCUCCGCUGGCGUUUCGCUGUGGAAGGAACUUCCUGGCAACAGCCGGGCGCGAGGGCACCGGGUGUGCUGGGCCGGCGAGACCCGAGCCCUGCACGCCGGGGCUUUGGCGCCCGCGGAGGUCCCCAGGGCGCAGGGACAGGGCCUCAGAGGGGCGACCGCGGGGACCGAGCCUGCCGCCACUCGCGGGAGACCAAAUGCCGGCAGUGGCGGGGGGGCCACGCAGUGUGGGCAAGGUUGGCCAAGCCGUCCGCGUCGGCUGGGAAAGGGGAAAGUGGGCAAUGCUUAUCCCGCGCGGAGGGCUCCCGCAUUAGGUCAGAUCGGCGAGCUGCUUCGGGUCUUUUUGUGGCCAAGGAGCUGAGGGCUCGGAGUGUGCUGAGCCAGGCUCCUGUGCGCGGCACAGAUCAGCCUCGUUUGGACAACCUGUGUCACUCCUUCCUCCGGACGGAAGAUGACAGAUCUCUGAGCAGGACCGCAUGCGAGCCCGAAAGGUUACAGAUGAGCUUCGCCGCGCUAGGUGAACUGGCAAAGGCAUCCCUCAUGUUGCUGGAAAUGAGGAAGCCGGAUGCCCUGGCCGGGGAAGGCGCCGACGAGGGGGACAGCGGAAACGAGAGCCGGAGUGGGAGCGAGGAGACCAGCGUGUGCGAGAAGUGCUGCGCCGAGUUCUUCAAGUGGGCCGACUUCCUGGAGCACAAGAAGAGCUGCACCAAGACCCCGCCGGUGCUGAUCGUGCACGAGGAUGAGGCGGCCCCGCCCUCGGAAGAGUUUCCAGAACCUUCCCCCGCCAGCUCUCCCAGUGACCAGACGGAGAGUGAGGCAGCGGAGGAGGCUGUGCCCACAGAGGCCAGCGAGGGCGGCGAGGUGAAGGCCCCACGCAAGGAGGACGAGCCCAUGGAUGUGGAGCCCUCAGGGGACAAAGGCUUCCCGGGCGGGGUCGUGGGUGCCGCCAAGCCCCCGCUACCUCAGACCCCCGAGCCGCCCCUGGCCGCCUACGCCAUGCCCAGCACCAACGUGACAUUGGAGACGCUGCUGAGCACCAAGGUGGCCGUGGCACAGUUCUCCCAGGGCGCGAGGGCGGCGGGCAGCGCGGGCGCGGGCGGCGUGGCAGCAGCGGCCCUCCCGGGCCUGGCAGCGCACUCGGCCUUGCAGCUGCCCGCCGGCGCCGCCCCUGUGCCCGCUGGCCCAGGCCCCACGACCUUCGAGGGAGCCCAGCACCCGUCACAACCUGUGCCGGCAGCCAGCACUCCUGGAGGCCCCACGCCUCCUGCCGAGCCCAGUGGGCCAGCGGCCUCCAGUGCGGCCUCCGCCUCAACCCCAGCCCCGACCCAGACCCCGGCCUCGGCCUCGGCCUCGGCGCCCAGCGUGGCAGGCAGCUCCUUACAGCCUCCCGGCGCCUCCACACCCCCUGCACUCGGGCCUGCGCCCCUCCUGGGCUCGUCGCCCAGCCUGCCAAACCCUCUUCUACCUCAGACGUCGUCCAGCAGCGUCAUCUUCCCCAACCCGCUGGUCAGCAUCGCUGCAACAGCCAAUGCGCUGGACCCCCUGUCGGCGCUCAUGAAGCACCGCAAAGGCAAGCCCCCCAACGUGUCGGUGUUCGAGCCCAAGGCCAGCGCCGAGGACCCCUUCUUCAAGCACAAGUGCAGGUUCUGUGCCAAGGUCUUCGGCAGCGACAGCGCACUGCAGAUCCACCUGCGCUCCCACACGGGCGAGCGGCCCUUCAAGUGCAACGUCUGCGGGAACCGCUUCUCCACCAAAGGCAAUCUGAAGGUGCACUUCCAGAGGCACAGGGACAAGUACCCCCACAUCCAGAUGAACCCCUACCCGGUGCCCGAGUACCUUGACAACGUGCCCACCUGCUCCGGCAUCCCCUACGGCAUGUCGCUGCCUCCGGAGAAGCCCGUGACCACCUGGCUGGACAGCAAGCCGGUGCUGCCCACUGUGCCCACGUCGGUGGGGCUGCAGCUGCCCGCCAGCACCCACGGCUACACCGACUCCCCCAGCGUCACCCCCAUCAGCCGCUCCCCACAGAGGCCCUCCCCCGCAUCCAGCGAGUGCACCUCCCUGUCCCCGGGCCUCAACCAUGCUGAGGCUGGUGUCCCGGUGACUGCAGAGUCCCCACAGCCACUCCUCGGGGCUUCCCUGACUAAAAGCGAGCCCGGCAGCCUGCCUGGUGCCAGCACCAGGGCCGGGGACACUCCUGUCAUCGGCCCCGUCAGUGUGAGCACCGUGCCCACGGCGGCUGCCAGCGCCAUCACGGACAGCGUGUCCACCAGCCUCGGCAGCCCCGGGCUUCCUGCCGUCUCCGACCAGUUCAAGGCCCAGUUCCCCUUUGGUGGGCUGCUGGAGUCCAUGCAGACGUCGGAGACCUCGAAGCUGCAGCAGCUGGUGGAGAACAUCGACAAGAAGAUGGCCGACCCCAACCAGUGUGUCAUCUGCCACCGCGUGCUGAGCUGCCAGAGUGCCCUAAAGAUGCACUACCGCACGCACACGGGCGAGCGGCCCUUCAAGUGCAAGAUCUGUGGCCGCGCCUUCACCACCAAGGGCAACCUGAAAACGCACUUCGGGGUGCACAGGGCCAAGCCGCCCCUGCGCGUGCAGCACUCCUGCCCCAUCUGCCAGAAGAAGUUCACCAACGCUGUGGUGCUGCAGCAGCACAUCCGCAUGCACAUGGGCGGCCAGAUCCCCAACACGCCGCCGCCUGACGGCCUGCAGGACGCCAUGGACGCCGAGCAGGCCGCCGAGGCCCUGAGCAGCUACGAGGACGAUGUGGAUGAGAACUCCAUGGAGGACGACGCUGAGCUGAAGGACACCGCCGGGGACGCCGCCAAGCCACUGCUGGCCUUCGCAGGGUCCUGCCCGCCCUCGCCGCCCUCGGUCAUCUCCAGCAUUGCUGCCCUGGAGAACCAGAUGAAGAUGAUCGACUCGGCCGUGGGCUGCCAGCAGCUGGCAGGCCUGAAGUCCCUGGAGAACGGGUCUGGGGAGAGCGACCGCCUGAGCGACGACUCCUCAUCAGCCGCGGGCGACCUGGAGAGCCGCAGCGCGGGCAGCCCCGCCCCGUCCGAGUCAUCCUCGCAGGCACUGUCGCCCACCAACAGCCACGGGGACAGCUUCCGCUCCAAGUCCCCAGGCCUAGGCCACCAGGAGGAACCCCAGGAGAUCCCCCUGAAGACCGAAAGGCCUGACAGCCCGCCCCCCGGCCCCGGGAACGGGGGCGCCCUGGACCUGACAGCCGGCCACCCAGGCCGGCCGGCGGGCAAGGAGGAGGCGCCGUUCAGCCUGCUGUUCCUGAGCAGAGAGCGGGGUAAGUGUGCGGGCACGGCGUGCGGUGUCUGUGGUAAGCCUUUUGCUUGCAAGAGCGCGUUGGAAAUCCACCACCGCAGCCACACUCAGGAACGGCCGUUCGUCUGCGGCAUCUGCGGGCGCGGGUGUUCCACUCUGGGUAAUUUAAAGCAGCACUUACUGACCCACAGGUUGCGGGAGCUGCCUGCUCAGUGCUUUGACCCCAACUCUGCUCUAGGUCCCAGCCACGGCCCUCCUCCCCUGGUGCUUGCAAGAGCGCGUUGGAAAUCCACCACCGCAGCCACACUCAGGAACGGCCGUUCGUCUGCGGCAUCUGCGGGCGCGGGUGUUCCACUCUGGCGCCGCAUCCAGGUCCCAGCCGGGCCUCAGUCUGUGAUGAGCCCGGGCCUUGGGCCCAUGCUGGCCCCACCGCCACGUCGGACACCCAAGCAACACAACUGCCAGUCAUGCGGCAAGACCUUCUCCUCGGCCAGCGCCCUGCAGAUCCACGAGCGCACCCACACCGGGGAGAAGCCGUUUGGCUGCACCAUCUGCGGCAGGGCCUUCACCACCAAGGGCAACCUGAAGGUGCACAUGGGCACGCACAUGUGGAACAAUGCCCCUGCAAGGCGCGGCCGCCGCCUCUCAGUGGAGAACCCCAUGGCUCUGCUGGGCGGCGACGCUUUGAAGUUCUCGGAGAUGUUCCAGAAGGACCUGGCCGCGCGGGCCAUGAGCGUGGACCCCAGUUUUUGGAACCAGUAUGCUGCGGCCAUCACCAACGGCCUGGCCAUGAAGAACAACGAGAUCUCGGUCAUCCAGAACGGGGGCGUCCCCCAGCUCCCUGUCAGCCUGGGCAGCUGCGCCAUGCCCCCUGUGGGCGCCGUCACCGGCGUGGGGGACAAGGCACGUGGCGGCACUAGCCCUCCCAUCACGGGGCUGGACAAGGCGAGCUCGGACGCAGGAGCCGGCCGCGCCUUCACAAGGUUCGUCGAGGAUAACAAGGAGAUCGGCAUCAACUAGCCGAGGGCGGGCUCAGCUGCCGCCCCACUUCGCUCCCCGAGGUCUGGGCCACGGGCCUGGGCUCUUGGUGAAACUCACAAACGUGUCCCAGCAGGAAAUGCCACCCCAAGUGUGGCAUAGGGUGGCCGGCUCCCGGGAGCCCGGCAGUUCCCUUGGCAGUGAGUCUGGCUGCUCUCGAGGGCGCUCUAGCCUGUCAAGGAACUCUCAGUCCGAAAAAGAAGUGCUUGGAGAGCCGCCCAGGGCGGCGUGCUCAGGCCGGCCACUCAGCUCCUCCUCCGACCUAAUCCCUGUGCGGGAAGGAGUCCCGUGCAGGCUUCCAGGGAAACUCAUUGGAUGGCUUUGUUCGCCUUAGAAACUGGAACCAUUUUUAGACUUCUUCAUCUCGAAGCAGUGGUUAGUGCUCCCGGCCUGCACGACAGCAGGGUCUCCGCCCGCAGUAUUUAUAGCAUUGAGGUGAUGCGGGUACCGGCGACAUAGCAGCCCCAACCUUAAAUGAAGCUUUUGUGCUGCAGAAGACACCUGGCCGUGUGGUUUUCUUUUUAUUUUUUUCAGCAAGAUUUGUUUUAUUAUAAAUAAGCGGAUGAUUUCAAUUCAGGUGAAAUGGUGAAGUUACCUGGGAAGACAGCAUGCUUUCUGAGUGCCAGUACCCGUCAGUCACGACCUGCCUUUUGUCCUUUCAUUUCAACGUGCGCAGCUGCUGUCUGUGUGGUCUGUGGCCAGGCCUGGGGGGGUCGCAGACGGACAUCACUGACUCACGGUACUGUCAGCAGCUGUGAGUAAACGCUUCACGUUAUCAAACUGUACAAUAAAAAGGUCCAACAGCGUAAGAAAUCUGUACUACUUAAGCAGAAAGCCACCCCAUCAGCGCUUCGAUAAAACAGGGCCCCCCAUUUCUUAAAAUGAUGUAUUUAACUUUUCUACAAAGCCCAUUUGAAAACUCCCACGGCAUGGAGCUGACGAGCGAGUCUGAGGGCGAGCCGGUGCCGGCCAGGGGGAGCCGAGCGCAUCAGCCGAGCCUCCCACAAGCAGGUCGGCCUCGGUGCUGUGUGACGCACAAGCCGGACCGGGCCCCUGCGGCGUCUGGCAGCGUGACCCGUCACGGCUGGAAGGUGUCCAACUCCCUGACGUAUUUAUUACCUUCUCAUGGGAACAGAAGGCGCGGUAUCCUCCGAGCGUCCCGAGCACAGGCUGUGCGGGUGGCUCUGUCCAGGUCGCAAGGGGCGGAGGUGCUGGGCAGCGGGACGGGCAGCGUCCCAUGUACUACCUCAUCGUGUGCGUUCGAGCGUACCGGGACCCGACACGACCAGGUCCCAGCAGCAGAACCGUUCAGGAGGCUGGGUGACACGCCAGGAGUCAUUGCCCCUGAAGACACUGGCCAGCGGAGACAGGAAGGCAGGACGGACAGUCGCUCUCCAACACAGCACAGCACGGAAGUCCCUGAGAGGACGGUGUUCCCACCGCACGUCACUGAGCAAGACCUGGAAGGCCGUGAGCUGCUCGUCCCUGCGGAGGUGGGCGCCCUGGGUGGUGCCCCGCUUGCACCGAGUGACAAGCGCCCGCGUGCUGGGCGAGGCUAACCGAGGUUGCGUGUCGCUGUCUUCUGGCACCAAGCUUCCGUUGUAUUUAUCUGUGUCCUGGUGUGUUUCUGGUCGUUUUCGGUUUUUAUUGUGCGCUCUUUUGGCUAGUGUCUGGCAGCACAGCGAGUCCUCGUCCCCAGAGGACGUGUAUAUAGCUCCGGAAAGCGGCGUGCCUGUGUGUAAAUAAGAUGGCUCUGAAGGGCGGGGCCCGACCCGCUCCGCUCGGGCCGGGGCCUCUGCGUGGUGGAGAGACCCUAUUUUUAUACUGCAGUACCAUGUGGGGCAGGGGCUGCCCCGAGCCGGCCGGGACUGUCACCCUGAUCCGAUAUUUUUUAUUAUAAGAUCUUGUGGCUUGACACAUCUGCUGAUGGAAAUGGAUGUCCUAGUCUAGGGUACUAUUUUGUCACAUGGAAUUGAAUAAAAUGCAGGAUGUAACAUGAUUUCCAAAUUGCGUCCCUUGAUUCUUCUGAUGGCGACGUGGACUGUGAGGAGCUGGUCCCUGGGGGCAGCUAUGUCGCAGAGCCCCUGUGAGCAGUCGGGAG